AAUCAACUUCUUUAUUGCUUCCUCUGUCUCUUUCUUUCACCUUCACGCCUACAACCAAACAUGAGAAAUCCAUUGCGAUACCCAGCCGGCCAGCACAACACAGUGCAUCGGCUGGCCGAAAAACGAGCGGCGUACGAUCUUGAAACAGUCCAUGAUAUCAUGAACCGAUCGCUAGUCUUCCACAUCUCGUUCCAGCCCGACGCUGAAGACCCAUUCCCAACCACCAUCCCCAUGCUCGGCGCCAUGGGGAACUUCGACUACCCAAGUGCCAGCCUGAACGAACCGCAGGACUGCUACAUCCACGGCUACAUCUCGGCCCGGAUGACCAACUUGGCGAGAAAGGCAAUGGACGACGGCCUGCCAGGCUUACCCGUCUGCGUCUCCGUCGCAAAGGUAGACGGCCUCGUCCUGGCCUUGAGCGCAUUCACACACUCGUGCAACUACCGCUCAGCAGUCCUAUUCGGCCACGCAAGUCUCGUGACCGAUGACGCGGAGAAGCUGUGGGCGCUGGAGCUGCUCACCAACAAGAUCAUCCCCGGCAGAUGGGACCAGGUCCGCCAGCCACCGAACAAGGUCGAGCUCGUGCAGACGCAGAUCCUGCGGGUGCGAGUCACCAGCGGCAGUGCAAAGGUCCGCGCAGGGCCGCCAGCAGAUGACAAGGAGGAUGUUGAGGAUGCUGAGGUAAUGGCGAACGUGUGGUCGGGGUAUAUUCCGAUGGUGGAACACAUGCUUGAGCCUAUCCCGAGCGCAUACAAUCGUCUGGAGGAAGUGCCCGAACAUGUAAAGAGUCUUCAGGAGGCGUUUAAUGAGGAUGCUGAUGGGUACAAUGAGGUGUUGGUCAAGCAAGUGCGGGAGGAUGUCAUCGCAUGGGGGACGAUAUGAUUGCAUAUUCUGUCAAUGUCUAUUUACUCUUCAUUGGCAGGCAUGGUGAGGAUGAUACAGAUGAUGGGGUUACAAUGGGGGACAGGAUUCAGGGGUUAGUCUUAGUGGUCUGUCAGAUUUAUGCGGCAGGCCAAAAAUCCUCACAGUCCCACGUUGUCCCACAUCGUCCUGCUGAUUGUCAUUUCGAAUCUCUCCAGCAGAUCUAAAACAUGUUUCCAGUCAUGAUCCACAUUUGCUAGACAGGCUGAGAGGAAGGCUGUCAUAGCUUUCACUCCAGCUUUAACACCUAAUUUACACAUGCAACUAGCGUCAACUUUCUCAGAUGUCAACAUGUACACAGUAAACAUUGCCCAUGCAGAGUUUGAUACCUCGGAGCUGAAAGACAGGAGUAGGCCUUAACUCCUCG